GGUGUUUUAAACUCUGACUGAAGCUACACAGACACACAGAGCCAUUAGAGCCACUGGCUUCACACCACCGACACCGAGAGGAAGGAAAGGAGAAGCAGAAAGAAAAAGAAGAAGAACCGAAUAAAUAAAAAAUAAGACGCGGGAUGGUGAAGCGGUGCAGGAUGUUCAAGCUCAGCUGGUCCGGGUUAACUGAUUCGGGAUUACGCGGAUAAACCGGUUUUUAAACCGAUACAUAAGCCACAGCUUUCUGAUCUGGACGGAGCCUCAUUCAAGCCAAGGACCGCUUAUUUACUCCACUGCUAUUUAUUUCACGCUUUCAACGCACUUGGACUAGUGAGGAUUUGCGCCUUGUUUUUUCCCCCCUCCUCACAGUGACAGUAUAAUGAAAUUAUCAGUGUUUCUUCAUCUGUCGGAGCUAAAAGCCCAGGACUCCGUAUCAUUAUUAUCUGAUCCCCAGAUUUAAAUGAGAACUUUCUGAUUUUGUUUUUUUGUUUUUUUUUUGUUUUGUUUUUUAUUUCUUCUUCUUCUUCUCAUCCUGCGCACUUUAAGCGCAGCCGCUGGAGCAACAAAAAAUAAAAUAAAAAAAUCAUCAUCAACAUCAUUAUCAGCGCGUGCUUUGAUAAAUAAAGGACAUUUCUCAUCAUAUUAAGGAUCGUUAAUACCAAAGACUGGCUUUAAUACUGAAACUCCGCUCUGCUUGAGCUUGUUUUUUUUUUUGUUUUUGUUUUCUUCUGCGAAUGAAACUUCAAUGUGAAGACUGAAUUACCUCUGUGUUUACUGGACAGAUUGGAAAACAGGAGAAAAUCGGACUGAAAACAAGCAAAACAAACAAACAAACAAACAACAGAUUUAUAGCUGAGUUUUUACCCGUGACGAACUGCACAUUUUUGGAGGUUAAUUUUUUGCUUUCCAAACAAACAAACAAACAAACAAAAAAGCCAUAAGUGAAGCUGUCUUUGUCCUGGAAUACAUUUUACUCUCUUUGACCUUCACAAAGUAGCGCCGAAACGAAGGUCGGAACAAUGCCAGAUUCACCAGCCGAUGUGAAAACCCAGCCCAGGUCGACUCCGCCCACAAUGCCACCGCCACCACCUGCCGUGAGCCAGGCAGCCAAUCGCAACGCGUCAUUCACACCUACAACCAUGCUGAAUGGGAGCAGCCACUCGCCAACCGCGCUUAACGGAGCUCCGUCCACCCCCAACGGCUUCAGUAACGGGCCAGCCGGUUCGUCCACAGCAGCUCUGCCCACGCAGCAGCUUCCCCCCGCGUGUGGAGCUCGACAGCUCUGCAAACUCAAACGCUUCCUUACCACACUGCAACAGUUCGGUAAUGACAUCUCGCCCGAGAUAGGGGAGAGGGUGCGCAGCCUGGUGCUCGGCCUCGUGAAUUCGACUCUCACCAUAGAAGAGUUUCACUCCAAACUGCAGGAGGCCACCAACUUCCCUCUUCGACCCUUCGUCAUCCCCUUUCUCAAGGCCAAUCUGCCCCUCCUGCAGAGGGAGUUGUUGCACUGUGCCCGUCUGGCCAAGCAGACCCCUGCUCAGUACCUGGCUCAGCACGAGCAGCUGCUGCUGGACGCCAAUGCCAACUCACCACUCGACUCAUCCGAGAUCCUCCUGGAGCUCAACGAGCACGGCAAGAGGAGAACGCCCGACAGGACCAAAGAGGCAGGAAGCGAGAGGGACGCCUUGCACACUGAGCAUAUAGCCAAGCGGCCGUGUACAGUCAGCCCAAGUCAGCGCUUCAGUCCAAGCAGCGGCAUUGCAGCCCACGCUCCUCCUAACGGCCUGCCAGCUCACCCUCCUAAUGGCCUGGCCCACCCGAGUGCCCCUGGCCCACAGCAGUACCGCCUGGAGGACAUGGCCAUGGCUCACCACUACAGAGACGCCUACAGACAUGGCGAGCACAGGGACUCUCGCGAACGCCACCGCCAGACAGCUGUUCAUGGAGCGCGUCAGGAGGAGGUCAUCGAUCACCGGCUCACCGACCGUGAGUGGGCCGAGGAGUGGAAGCACCUGGAUAACUUGCUGAACUGCAUUAUGGACAUGGUAGAGAAGACGAGGCGCUCUCUGACCGUGCUGCGCCGCUGUCAGGAGGCCGACCGUGAAGAGAUGAACCACUGGAUCAGGCGCUACAGUGACGUUGAGGAUAUGAAGAAAGACAUUCACCGAGACUUCCUUCAUCGACCUCCGUCCGGUUACUUGCCUGAAGAGAUCUGGAGGAAGGCAGGUGCCCCCAGCAUCCCGCUCUCCCCAGCAAUAAAGCAACUGCACAACAAACAGGAGGAGGCAGUGAACGAGGUGAAGAGACAGGCCAUGUCUGAGCUGCAGAAGGCCGUGUCUGACGCUGAGAGGAAAGCUCACGAGAUGAUCUCAGCCGAACGCUCCAAGAUGGAGAGAGCAUUAGCGGAGGCCAAGAGACAAGCCUCGGAGGACGCUCUGUCCGUCAUCAACCAGCAAGAGGACUCCAGCGAGAGCUGCUGGAACUGCGGCCGCAAGGCAAGCGAGACGUGCAGCGGCUGCAACACAGCACGGUACUGCGGCUCCUUCUGCCAGCACAAGGAUUGGGAGAAGCACCAUCACGUGUGCGGCCAGACGCUGCAGGGGCUACCUGGAGGUGCCAGCGUUCCUCUGGGAACUCCUUCCUCGUCGUCAUCCUCGUCCUCUUCUGCCUCUUCAUGCUCUACCAGCGCUCCGCCCACACACUCGGACAGCACCGUCCCGGGCCCUCUGUCUCUGGUCGGGCAGGCCGGCGGUGGAGGAAGCCCCAAAGACAGCAGCUCCAGCUCCAGCAGUGUGUCGCGUUCCACCACCCCUGCCACACCUGCCCUACUGGAUUCCUCCUCCCGCUGACCUCUGAAAAGAAGCCUGGGCACGCUCACUGCUACCGCUAACGCUGCUGCUGCACCUGCACCCAAAAGAAGCUGAGAUAUGUUCACCACAAAUCCUCGCACUUCUUCCCACCUCUACGAGUUCCUCACUUCUUCUCAACUACCUGAAGCUCUCAUUUAACUCUAGCUCUAUAUUUAUUAACAUUUGAAAGGGUUUGAUUUACUGAGGACGCAGUCAGCAAUUGGAACCGCGUCUUAUUUAAAAUAAGGCAGCAAGAUAUAAAUUCGAGCUUGGCUUUAGGAAUAAUUUAAGCCCUGUAUAUAUAUAUAUAUAUAUAUAUAUAUAUAUAUAUAUAUAUAUAUAUAUAUAUAUAUAUAUAUAUAUAUACGGUCAGCCCAGUACGCAUGGAGGCAGUUCACACCUCACACACUCCGUUCUCUUCCACAGAGAGCAAUGGGACUUUUUUAGAGAAGCUUGAAUAGGAGUUAGAUUCCUCCUGCCAGUCUAACACACACAGAUUUCUCCUCCUGUCUGGGUUUGUACGGAGGGGCCGACAGAUUUCCCCUCCCAUCCCAGCGCUCCGUUCCUCAAACCAUGAACGAUCUUCUUUCACCGGUUUGUUUUUGGCUUUAACAAGAAAAUCCAAAAAUCCAAAAAUAAUGAUGCUAAUAAUAAUAAUAAUAAUAAUAAUAAUAAUAAAAAGAAUAAAGACCUGAUAACUACCUUGCUAGCGAGCCAAGAAAAACCUACACCGGACUCACCUCUCUGUUCUGAUGCGAACCCAAAUGAAAAAAAAAGACAUAAAAAAACAUGAUCCAAACCUUUUUAAUACACUGCCAAAGUUUCACGGAGAAGCACUCGUCUUGUAACCAAACGCGAACGAAGCAAAACCUCCUCAAACCCAAGUCUGGUUUCUUGUCGAGAGGCAGCAAGGAAAAAAGGAAAAAAUUCAAUCCCUGCCUCCCUCCUCUCACUGUGCCCCCCACCCCCCACCCCCACCUCCGUCCCUCUUCUCCCCACCCGGGACGCCGAGUUACCCACAAUCCCCUGCUCUAACCCCAAGGAACACGUUGAAGUGACAUGCUAUCCGCCUUUGCUCAAAGCAAAAAGACAUACAGGCGGAGAGAGAGAGAGAGAGAGAAAGCAAGGACGAGUGGACCAAACAAGAUGCAUGGAAAUGAACGCGCUCUUGGCCUCGAAAGAAAAUUGGCACCACAAAAUGCCAAAAAAAAAAAAAAACCCACAAAAACCCUCAAAAAGAACUGAGAACGUCUGUGCAAGGAUCGCACUCCAAGGACGAGCCUUUUGAAGCAAUUCUCCGUUUUUUUUUUGUUUUGUUUUGCUUUGUUUUGUUUUUUUCUAAAACUCUCCCGAUUUUCCAGUGAGCUGUAAUUUUCACUCUCCCUCGUUUUUCCAAAGCAUGAAGAGCAGACUGCUUAAAAAAAAAAAUCAAAAAACAACAACAAAAAAAAAACCUGUCUCAUAAAAAGCGGUGUGGACUUGAUUUCUCUUCUAUAUAUCUCUCUCUCUCUCUCUAUCUCUUUCUUACUCCGUUUUAUUUUCUACCUCCUGCCUACUUUGUCCCUUUGUCUCCUUCCCCCCUGAGCGGAUAUCCGAGAAGGGAUCAAACGUGUAGAUACUGCUUCUUUCUGGUUCUCGAUGUCUUCUGUCUCUGAUGUCUCCCUGUGCUGCCUGAUUUGUAUUUCUGUUUAUUUUUUCCACUUUCUUUCUCGGUCUUGUUUUGAGUUUGGGCCGGACGCAUAAAGACGUUCUGAGGAGAGAAAGGUCUAGAGUGUAGAAACUCCUCGUGUAUUUUAGAAUCACUCGUGUUUUCGAGACAGUGAGAGGACGGAGGUGCAAUAUGAGAAGAGAAUUCAGCUACUGAACGGAACCUCAGAAACCACCCUUAGGGUACCUUAUAAUAUAAAUCUACAUAUAAAUCUAUUUAAAAUAACAACCGUAACUUAAUGUGAAUGUAUAUAGUAUUUAAAAAGUAAGAGGUCCAAAAAAAAAAAAAUGUGUUUGCCAAAUAACAGAAAGUAUAAUGUCUACAAAUCAUUUCUCACUUCUUUUUCCUUUUGCAAAUCAAAGCAAUUGUAAUUACUCAUUCAGACCCAUGCAUUUUUUUUUUGUCCCGUCUGUUUUACUCUGUAUAUUGUGUAAUCUAUAGAUGUAGAUGACAGCGAGUCCUGGUUUUGCCGAGUCACAGUUGGGUCAAAAAAGUGGGGUUCGGGUUCAAUUUGAUCUGGCGUACGUCAUCACCAAGAUAUUUUCCAGAUUGUUAACUUGGAGCUUGAAGGCUUUAAGGAAACAGCUUGCUGCCUCUGCAAAAUCAGGACUUCAGUAGGUGACAUGGGGGAGGCCAAUGUCAGAGUCGGUGACUUAUCACUGCUUGUACAGUUUAUUAAAGAGAAGCGGUGCGAUUCGAAGGAUCACGAGCACCACCUUGUUAAGCGUCAUCCUGAUGGCAGGAUUUCAAGUCACUUCCUGUUGAUUUCAGUGUAACUGUGUAAAUGUUGCACGCUUCGUCACUGAACUAACCUCCGGUCCAAAAAUCUGACACCAGUGUCAAGCUAACACUUCUUUUUGUCUCUUGUCUAUACUGCGGUACAUGCUAUGGUUAUUUUUCCUCCCCCAGAUGCAGUCUCCAGAGGUGCUGGAGUCCUAGAAACACAUUGAAGCGGAUUUAAGUUUCGUGUUAACGAAGGGCCACAUAACGAACGAUAAUAAAGAUGUCCCCCAAAAUGAGAAAAAGCCCUUUAGAUCUAAGCGAGUCCGUCACCUUGAACGAAUAGUGGGUUUAAAUGCAGAAACAUUUAGUGCACUCAGACGUCCUGUCCACAUGCCAUACCUCUAACACGGACCAAACUUGAAAGGUUUCCUGCUUAGCGUCCUGUUUAGCACUCUUUUUGAUGUCGGCUCCUUUAAUUUAAGUACAUUCAAUAUUGAAUGAUCUAUUUUCUUAUUUGGAAAUUAAUAUAUGAAGUCUUACAGUCCGUAUGUAAAGCUUUUUUUUUUCCACCUGUGUAUGAUGAAGCAGAGCUGCAGAGCUGAAUAUGGCCCUCGUUGUCUCCCCGGGCGUUCUUCCUCGGCUUGCCGUCUCCUCGUUAGCUACCUCCUGUCCAAGAGCGUGAGAUGUACGUGCCGCUGUCUCGGAGAGCCGUGCCGCUAGCAGACAUGCAAACCUACCGCCAUCUGAAGAAACAACGUACAUUCAGCCUGCAUAUGUUACUUUAGGGGUUUUGACUACAGAUUUGACUAAAAGGCUUCGUUCACACAGCGGGGCGAAAUCUGAACGUCAGAGGAGGAAGUUACAGAUGAUCAAAUAGAUAUUGUUUGCAUUGUCACCACAUUUGCUCCAUUAACGAUGCAGCCUACAUGCUGAGCUUAAGAAAUUUCGUUUAGAUGUGUACCAAAUAACGAAAGAUACACGAUUUAGCUGGAUAAACGAAAUAAGGAACUUUUCCAGAACGAUUUGAAAUCCAUACAAAUGUGGCUUAAUUUUUAUUUUUUAAGCUGGAUUGAACCUGUCUGUCUGAACACAGCUGCUCUAUUUUCUAAGGAGUUUUAUUUAACACAUUCAGCAUAUUAACAUGUCCCAUAGUUAUCCAAAAGAACAGACCAAAGCACCUCUGUAUGCUGGUUAAUUGCAGCCUUUUGAACAUGAGCUAGUGCGAACUAACGACCCUGAACCAAAGUGGUGUAAAACACACACACACACACACACACACACAUGCUCCAAGCACAAGACAGCAGCAGAAUAGUUGUUCUGGUGCUGAACGUACAAAGCCACAGUUUGCCAUGUGCCCUAUAGUGUAUAUAUUAUCAUAUUCGACGUGUAUUAUAUUAUUCCUGUGUGCACGCAGAAUAUUCAGGAGGCAUCCAGUGUAGACUGCAUGACAGACAGCACUAGUGACAGUUUUUUUUUUAGUUAACAAAGUCGUACAAGAGACAUAACGAUCUGUAUGCCAAAUCUGAAGCCUGUACAGACUCCUUGUCGAUAGUCGAGACAGGUAACUGUGUGGAUAUUUUAAGAUAUAAGCCUUACAAUGUUGUAAAUAGGGAUAAAAGCUUAGGUAAGUAUCAUACCAUGAUACUUGAAAUGGGCACAUGUCUAGCAUCAGGCAGCUUGGCUGGAGAACGAGAACGUGCCACUGGAGUGUGUGCUGGAGAGACAGAAGCUUCUCAUUCAUGAUCUCGCUGUGUAAACUACUUGAAUAUUCCAGAGCUUUAAUCCGAUACCAUGAGCAAAACGAAGACAGAGGAUACACACAAACACACAUCUCUCACUCCUUCUCUGCGAUUUGCAUGUCUGCUCAGCUCACAUUUUAGGUCGUACCAAGCCUCAAUGCGCUUCAUGAUCUAAUUUAGUGUCCCGUCGUGUCUCCAACCAAAGUCGAACCAAAAAGGAAGAGCCUGCUGAUGUACUCUUCCACCGUUUGUAUAUAUCUGUGUUUUCUUGGGCGCAACGGGAGGCACGGCUUCUCUGAGCCGAUUUGUGAAGGGGUCGAGGCUGGGAGACAUCCGGGGCUACACAUUUCUGAUAACGUGACCCUCGGAAAUCAAACGAGCUCUGCUGACCUGAAACAAUGGUAAAAUUAGCAUUACAUAUAUAUUAUAAAGUGAGAUAUUUGACAAGGGUUUUCAAUCAUUUUUUUUUUCUUCUGCUUUAAUUAUACCAUCCAUAAAGGGUAUAGGUGGAAUGUUUUGCUAGGGAAAAUGCAUGUGAUCAGAAGCUUUUUGGACUUUCUACCAGAAGCCCUUUAUCAGUGGACAUCCAUAGCUCACCCUGUUGUAAUGUAAACCUCACACACUAAUGAGACUGAGAACGCUAUUGUUAGCAAAGCCGGAGCGGACGCUUGAUCUCCCUAAUGCUAAAAUAGCUGGACUUUUUUUUUUUUUAUUAUUUCUGUAAAGAUACCUAAAGAUGAAGGUUUGGUUUGACAUGUUUAGGGAAGCGUUAUUUACUGUAUUGUGCAAUACAUUGUUACAGAAAAGAGAACGUUGUUUCUGUAGGAAAAGGUUGGUGUGAUGAAGACUUUUUUUUUUUCCCUGUUAUCAGUCUCUAGAUGAAGUGAACUGUGCCAGGAGAAGUUUUGAUUUCUUUCUUGCAUGCUCUUCUCCCCCAUUUUGCUGCCCCUUCUACCCCUUUACUGUGCGCUUCGUUGGAUAUGUGACGCUGUAAACAUUCUAAAUCAGGUUAUUGUCUGUGUUGAGAUAUGUAUCUGUGUAAUUAAAAAAAGACAGCGAAAUACGAAA